UUCUUUUGCAAGCGGAAAGGAAGUUGUAAAUGUCAGCUUACCAUCCAUCUCAUCUAUGGAUGGAUCUCAGACUGAGGAUUCUGAUGAACCCAUUACAGACAACUCAGUUUAUAUAGAUGCUUCUGUCUCUGCAACAUUGAUAAAGCAGAUACCAGAACUAGUUACUCUCUCACUAUUGCCCAAAAGCCAAUGGCAAAGCUUGAUCAAUUUAGACAUUAUAAAGGUUCGCAAUAGACCAAUCGAGCCUCCCAAGAAACCUGAGAAGGCUCCUUUCUUCCUGCCUUCAGCUCCAUCUCUUUCUGGAGAGAGAUUAUUUACGCCUAGUGAAGCUAAUGGGCAUAAUGAUGCAAAAGGCAAUGAAGAGGAAAAGAAUGAUAGGAAGCUUGAGAUGCCACCAUCCGCAUUUUUGCACCGUCUCCAGUCCUCUGCGGAGAUGAAAAAUUUUCUAGCAUUUACUGAUUAUAUUAAAGGCUUGUCUCCUUCGGCUUUGGACAUGGAGCUUUGGAUGCUUCAGAUCAUUGACGAUGAGAAUCUCGAAGAGCUUGAUCGGAAACCUGAGAUGAUAUCAAUCGAACUGUUAUUGGAUUAUUUUGUUUAUGAGAUCUCCUCCAGGAACAAUUUUGAGUUCAUACAAGCUGUUAUCAGGUUAUUUAUGAAGAUACAUGGUGAAACAAUACGCCUCUGUCCGAAGUUACAAGACAAGGCAAAGAAGCUCCUUGAAAUCCAAUCGGAAGUAUGGCAGAAGAUCGAUACGAUGUUUCAACAAACAAGAUGCAUGGUUACCUUCCUCAGCAAUUCACAAUUCUGAAGUGCUCAAUGUGCAACUAUUUUGUAAGGUGUAUCAAAUCCAGAGUUCCCUCCAAAACGGGUACGAUUUCACCCCUAAACUAACAUACUUGGCUGGAAUUGUAGAUAGAAGAGGAUGCAUGUGAUUUUGGUUUGUCAUUAACAUGCUU